UUAGCCAUGGCGUCGUGUUUGGCUUCUGCGUCCUCCAAAUUCAAAUACGACGUGUUCAUAACUCUGAGAGAUCCCAAGGGUUGUGUAAAAGGCUAUGUCGUGAACAAAUUGAGAGAUGCUGGAAUCAGAGCUUUCGUCGACGACGAAGAAGAAGAAGUGUUUUCCGUACAGGAGGCCGUAUCAGGGUCAAUGAUUGUCAUGGUUUUGUUCACGCCGGAGUUCCUCACGUCGAAGAAGUGUCUCAAGAGACUGGUGGCCAGGACUAUGUGGUGGAAUGACAACGCGAUGCCUGUAUUCUGUGGAGUAAGCCGGCGGCAAGUGCAUGACGAGAUGGUGGCUUUGGCUCCCAGAUUUGACCUCACGGGAGUUGCUUCCCGACCUGGCUUCAAACUCUCCGUUGAUUCCGGGAAUGAAUUCAGUAGCUGCAUGUCAAACUUGGGUUUUUCCAUGUUGCACGAUGAGUCAUUUCAUGACCUUCCAUGCUAUCAAGUAGGGUUACCACUUCGUGUGAGAGAAUUGCUUAAUAUUUUGGGGUUGAAAUACAUUUUGUCGGAUGAUACAAUCAUAGUUGGAAUCUGGGGAGAUGGAGGUAUUGGUAAAACAACGAUUGCCAAAGCUAUUUAUGAUAGAAUCGGUGGCAAUUUUGAUGGUAAAAGUUUCCUUUCAAAUAUUAAGGAUGUGUGGAAGGAAGGUAACGGUGAAAUUCUCCUAAAAAAUCAACUUAUUUCAGAUAUUUCUGAAACUAAACUUGAUAAGACAGAUGAUGUUGUGAUGCAUGAACUAAUGAUGCAAGAACUCAGUGGAAGAAGAGUCUUAGUGGUACUUGAUGAUGUCAAUUGUGAAUUUCAACUCAAGGAAUUGUGCGGAAAUGUGAAGUGGUGUGGUAAAGGGAGCUUGAUAUUCAUUACAGCAAGAAAUAAGGCUAUCUUAGAUGCCUUUGCUGACAUAUCAUAUGAAAUGAAAAGGUUAAACAGAAAGGAGUCUCUUAAACUUUUUUGCUUGCAUGCAUUUAAGAAAUUUACUCCAACAAAUGAUUUUGAGGAUUUUUCAGAGCAAGUCAUUGGAUACUGUGAAGGACUACCCUUGGCUCUCGAAGUCUUUGGCUCUCUUUUGCAUAAUAGGACGAAAAACGAGUGGGAAAAAAUGAUGAAUAACAUGGGAGGAAUUUCUUGUGGUCCAAUGCAAAAGAAGCUCAAAAUUAGUUGUGAGUUAUUAACUGAUAUAGAGAAAGAUAUAUUUUUUAAUAUAGCUUCUUUUUAUGUGGGUCAGAGUAAACACCAUGUUACACAAUUGUUAAAAAGCUCAAGACUUCCUGCCGAAACGGGAAUGUCAGUAAUCAUUGAGCGUAAUCUUGUAAAGGUCAUGAAUGACAAGCUUUAUGUUCAUGAUUUGCUACAAGAGAUGGGAAAGGAAAUCAGUCAUAGUAAGCCGAAGUUCAUAUAUAACUAUGACGUAUUCUUAAGUUUUAGAGGUGACGACACACGCAAAUCUUUCACUUCUCAUCUUUGCAGUGCUUUAAAGCAAGCAGGUAUUGAGGUCUACAUGGAUGAGGAAAGAAUUGAAAAGGGAGAAAAUAUUUCAUCUUCAUUAUUGGAAGCAAUUGAAAGUUCAAGAAUUUCAAUUAUUAUAUUCUCAAAGAAUUAUGCUGGCUCUAGUUGGUGCUUACAAGAAUUAGAGAAAGUCAUGGAGUGUUACAAAACAACUCAUCAAGAGGUUUUACCUAUAUUUUUUGAUGUGCGACCUUUUGAAGUUCGUAAACAACAAAACGCUUUUGGAAAAGCAUGGGAAAGACUUAUUAAGAGAACUUCAAGUGGCAAAAUGAAGAAAUUGACAACCAAUGUAAAAAGAGCCCUUACAGAAGCUGCCAAUUUAUCUGGGUGGGACAUGCAUAACUACAGAACUGAAGUCGAAUUAAUUGGCCAUGUUACUGAAACUGUUAGAAUGAAGAUAGGUGACAACAAAUGCCUGUUUGUUGCUCACCAUCCAGUGGGAUUGAAGUCUCGCGUGCAAGAUAUCAUCCAAUUGCUAAGUAGUAAAUCAAAUGAGGUUAUCAUUUCAGGGAUUUGGGGAAUGGGGGGUGUUGGCAAGACAACAAUUGCUAAAGCCAUCUAUAAUGAAGUUGGUCAAAGUUUUGACGGAAAGUGCUUCCUUGCAAAUGUUAGGGAAGUUUGGAAGCAAGAUAAUGGUCCGGUUUACUUGCAAGAACAACUUCUUUCAAGUAUCUUAAAAUCAAGAAGGAUGACACUACCUGAUGUAGAAAUGGGAAAAACUCUAGUAAAGGAAAUCCUUUGUAAGAAAAAAGUGAUUGUUGUACUUGAUGAUAUGAACAAUGAAGACCAACUAAAAGCUCUGUGCGGAAGUCUUGAGUGGUUUGGUCAAGGUAGUAGAAUCAUUAUCACUACUAGAGAUCAACAUUUACUUAACGUCUUAAGAGUGAUUCAUGUAUAUAGUGUGAAAGAAUUGGAUGACAACGAAUCUCUUGAACUUUUUAGUUGGCAUGCAUUUAAGCAAGCAAUACCUGAACAAGAUUUCAUUGAACUUUCAAGAAGGAUAGUUUCUUACUCUGGAGGGUUGCCCCUAGCUCUUGAAAUCCUUGGCUCCUAUUUAUAUGAUAGAGAAAUAUUGAUUUGGAGAAGUGUUUUGGAGAGAUUACAACAAAUUCCAAAUGAUCAAAUCCAUGAGAAGCUUAAAAUAAGCUAUGAUGGUUUGAGCGAUGAUAUAGAGAAAGAAAUAUUUCUUGAUAUAUGUUGUUUCUUUAUUGGGAAGAACAAGAGCGAUGUGACACAAAUAUUGAAUGGUUGUGGACUUCAUGCAGAUAUUGGAAUUAGUCGCUUGAUUGAACGAAGCCUUGUAAGAGUUGGCAACAAAAAUAAGCUUGAAAUGCAUGACUUAUUGCGUGACAUGGGAAGAGAAAUUAUUCGUCAGCAGUCAUUAGAGGAGCCUGAGAAACGUACUAGAUUAUGGUUUCAUGACAAUGUGUUGGAUGUGUUAAGAGAUAAAACUGGAACAAUGUCCAUCAAAGGACUGGCUUUAAACUUGUCAAUGAACAAUUCAUUGUACUUGAGUGCCAAAACAUUUAAGAAUAUGAGGAGGCUUCGUUUGCUUCAACUUGAUAAUGUACAACUUAUUGGAGAUUAUAGUUAUCUAUCAACAAAUUUGAGAUGGCUUUGUUGGCAUGGGUUUCCCUUAGAAAGCUUGCCAAUGAACUUCAAUCUAGAGAAGAUAGUUGCCAUUGACUUAAAGUGGAGUAAUCUUGUGAAAGUUUGGGAGAAGAGCCAGUUGCUGGAGGGGUUGAAAAUUCUCAACCUUAGUCAUUCUCAUUGCUUAAUAGAGACACCUGACUUUUCAAAGAUACCAUAUCUUGAAAAGUUAAUACUCAAAGAUUGUCCUCGUUUGUCUAUAAUUCACCAUUCCAUUGGUGAUCUUCAAUAUAUUGUUCUGUUAAAUUUAAAGGACUGUAAAAGCCUCAGCCACCUCCCGAGAAGUGUAUAUCAAUUGAAAUCCUUGAAGACCCUCAAUCUCUCUGGUUGUUCAAAGUUUGAAAAGCUAGAAGAAGACAUUGAACAAAUGGAAUCUUUAACAACUUUGAUGGCAAAUCAAACUUCUAUGGCUCAAGUUCCUUUCUCAUUGUUGAGACUGAAAAGUAUUAAAUAUGUGUCUCUGUGUGGCUAUGAAGGAUUAUCACGUGAUGUAUUUCCAUCUCUUUCUUUGUCUUGGAUGUCACCAUCAACACAUUAUUCAAAGUCAUUGUCGCAAGCAUUUUGGUCCAUGCCAGCUUUAAUUAGGGGUCUAUCACAUCCUUUAUUUUCAAGAAGAUAUGAAACAUCAGAAGCAAGACCGAGCACAUCUCAGGUUUCAUGCCAAAAUGCUCCGGCAUUACUUGAAUUUCAUGAUCAAGUUCACAGAGAAAGGUCAGAAACAUUGAUGAGUUCUUUGAUUAUUCCAGUAGGGCAGUUCAACAAAAUUACAGAUGCCCUUCUAAAGAGUAUUUCAAAGGGAAGGAAUGGAGGGCUUCACUAUUGUCCUCCUAAAGAAAAUUAUCCUGAUUGGUUAGUUUUUGAACAUGAGGGAUCUUCAGUGUCAUUUGAAGUUCCUGAAGUUUCUGGUCAUAGCUUAAAGGGAAUGGUCCUCAGCGUUAUCUAUUCAUCUCUUCAAGGUAGCAUGGUAUCUGUAAACUCUAUUGGUCUCAUGAUAAAGAAUUUCACAAAGGCUACCAUGCAUUUCUACGAGCAAGAAGUCACAAUAAUUACUUCUGCCAAUGAAGAAUGGCAGAACAUAGUAUCUAAUUUGGAGCCUGGAAAUGAGGUGGAAAUUGAAAUCAAGUUUGCAUACAAACAUAUUGUGAUGAAGAAGACUGCAGUUUAUCUUUUAUAUGUUGAAGAAACUGACAAGCUGAUCCCUCUAGAUGGCAUUCAAUCAUAAGGUUAAGGUGAAUUAUCUUUAGAAGAAAACCACUACCAUAAAAAAGAACUUGUUUCCCAGCCAGUUAAAGGACCAAGCACUUCAAC